CUGCUCGCUGUGCUUCUCCAACAGCAGGGCAUACAGGUGCAAGUUCUCGAGGCAUCAGACAAGCUCGACGAACAACCUCGAGCUUGCCAUUACAGCGGCCCAGCCAAAUACGAACUUCAGCGCGCAGGUGUCCUUGACAAGAUCUGUGCGGAAGGCUUCUUCCCAGACGGUGUUACCUGGCGUACCAAGGCCGGUUCAGCUAUUGUGGGACUCGACGGCUCGGGUGAGCUCGAAACUAGCAUCAAUCGCAUUGUCUGCCUCGAACUCGGUCGCGUCAUUCAGAUCCUCUACGAUACCGCCAUCUCCCAUGGAAAUUGCCAAGUGUUGAUGAAGCACAUGGUCACUAGCUCUAUUGGCCAGUCGAAGACCUGUGCAUGGGUGGAUGUCAAGGUACCCUCAGGAGAGACGGUGAAGUUUGAGGCCGAUUACAUUGUGGGAUGCGACGGCGCCAACAGUCAGAUGCGGCGAGCGCUGUUCGGAGAUAGGAACUUCCCUGGCUGGACCUGGGAUCAGCAGAUAAUUGCAAGCAAUGUCUACUAUCCUUUCGAGGACUUCGGCUUCAACGAUUCGAACUUCAUCGUACAUCCCACAGAAUGGUACAUGGCAGCAAAGAUCUCUAAAGAUGGCAUGUGGCGUGUAACGUACGGCGACAUAUCUGGCUUAACCAAAGAAGAGUACGCCGAGCGCCUUCCAAUGCGGUUCAAGCAGAUUCUUCCGACCGGCUUCAACCCCGAAUUUCUCAGAGUUGCCAAUAUCGGGCCUUACAAAAUGCACCAAAGGCUAGCAGAGAGUAUGCGAAUCGGACGCUUUCUUCUCGCCGGUGAUGCUGCGCAUCUCUGUAACCCUUUCGGAGGGUAUGGACUGACAAGUGGUAUCGCGGACGUGGGAUGUCUUUACGAUGCUUUGGUCGGAAUUAAAAGGGGCCUCGCCGACGAGAGUAUUCUCGACAAGUACUCCGACAUCCGUUCGGAAAAGUAUCGCACCAUUGUCGAUCCCAUGUCAACUGCGGGCUUCAGGCGGCUCUGGGAGAAAAACCCAGAGACUACAAUUGCAGAGGAUGAGUUCUUUGAGCUUUUGAGGAAAGUGUCCGGCGAUGAGAAGCAGUUAAGGCAGCUUCGCCAGGGAGCAAUGGCCCUGAGAUACGAUCUCACUGAGUUUUAUCGUGAGGAAGUUGUUCAAGCAUGA